AUGCAAAAAUUACAUUAUCAAUCAUGUGAUCAAACCGACCAUGAAGAUGAAUUCCUUAAUAUGGUAUGCAUAGAUGAAAAAUGCAAUAAACAUAAACUAUUAUGUGUAUAUUGUGUGGAAGAACAUUAAACAUGUAUUAAACGUCCCUUAAAAAAAUUUAUAAGAGAUUUUAAAUAAUAACUCAACUCUUAGAAUAUAGAAACUAAUUCUAAAAUUGAAGAGUAAUAUUUAUAGAUAAUUUUAGUCUCAUAGUAUUUUAUGAUUAAAUAAAAAUGAUGAUGGAGUAAUCAUAAAAAUAAAUGAAUGAAAUAUUUGACAAAUCUAAACAAACAAUAACAGAGUAAUUUUUAUUUGAUAAUUAUAGUACUAAAAAGAUGAUUAAUUAAUUUUCUUAGUAAGAGACCGCCAAAUCUAUUUAGAUACAAAAAUUAACAUAAUUUGAAUCUACUUUAAAUUAAGACAAUUUUUUAUAGCUUCUUGCUGAAAUAGAGAGUUUUAAACCGAAUUCUGAAAGAUUUUCCUUUUCUAUUAAAAAGAUUUCUGGACAUCAAAUAGAAUAAAUAUCAGAAAGAAUUAAAAAUGGCAAAUUACAUUAAUUAUAAUAUUAGAGUGUUUUAACUAAUUUAAAUGAAUAAUUUGGAAAUUUACAUGAAACAUUAAGAAGGAAUUUAUAAAAUUAUUUUUUAAAUGCUCCAUAAAAAUUUAUGGAAUUAUAAAAACUUAACGAAUUAUAAAAACCAAUUGAACAAGAAUAAAAUGAAAGCAAAUCAAUUAAAAAUUAAAAUUUAUUCUCCAUAAUAUAGCCACCCUCUCUUCUUGAAAUAUAAGAUAAAGAAAUAAUUGCAAUUUAUGAUACUUUGGAAGAAAUUGAAAAGGGAAAUAAAAAUAAUGAAAAUAUUAAUACAAUUAAAAAGUAAACAAAUAAUAAUCACACUAAUAAUACUAAUAACAUAACAAAUAAUAAUAUUUCAAAUACAAUUACAUCUAAUAAUAACAAUCAUCAAAAUAAUUAUUAAAAAGUAUAGGAUUAAUAACAAAUAUCAGUUACUGAUAUAUUGGAUAAUGGUUCCUCUAAGAAAUAAUAAAUAUCAGAUAAUAAAUAGAAUUAUUAAAAUAAUAGUAAUAAUUAAUAAUAAUCUAUAAAUAAAAUGAAACAAUAACUUCCUCAAUCUUAAAAAUAAUAUCCUUAACAAUAAAUAUAAUAAAAUUAAACCUUCUAGAAAUAAGCUUAAAUAAGUACCACAUCUUAAAUACCUCCGAAAUAGGUUGUUGCCCCUUCUCUUCCUAUACAACCUCAAUAGUAAUGUCCUUUAAUAGGUAUUUUAAUUAUUAAUAAUUAGAUGCAGAUGAAAAUUAGGGUGAAAUAGAAUUAAAUGUUACUCAAGAUUAAAUCUUGUAAUUUACUUCAAAUUAAAGAGAUAUCACUAAAUUAUUACUUUUAAGUAAAUCAGUAAUAGUAGGAUGUUGUGGAAAUAAGAUUUAAGGUUUCGAUAUGAUAACUGGAUAAAAAUUAUUUACAGAAAAUGUUGAAACUGAUAUUACAGAUGCAGCAUAUUUAGAAACUGAUGAUUUAAAUGGAACCUUAUAUUUGGCUACAAUUAAAGGAAAAAUUGAAAUAUUUAUAAGGGAAUCUAAUAAUGAAACUUCUUCAUUUAUAUUAAAAAGAAAUUAAUAAUAAUAAGUUGAUAAAAAUGGAAAUUUACUUAUUUAACUCAAUUAAUAAGAAAAACAACUUGUAAUUUUAGGGGAAGAAAAAAUCAUAAAAAUAUAUCCAGUUAAAACUUUUAAAGAUCCAAAGAAAUGUGAUAUUUAGGAUUUCGGAUUUGGAACUGCACUUCAUGUAGAUUCUAAAUUUGUUUAUGUUGGAGGAAAUAAAUUCUUAUUAAUUUGGGAUUAUAUCAAUUAAGAAAAGAAAAAAAUACAAUUAUCAGACCAUAAAGUUAUCUGUAUUUAAACUCAUGAAAAUAAAUUGAUUGUUGGAUAAUAAGAUAAAAUUAAAAUAUAUGAAAGAAAUAGUAAAGGUGAGUAUGAAUAAACAAUUGAAUAAGGAUUUGGAGAUAUUAGUACUAUGCAUAUUCUUAAAAAAUGGCCAAUAGUAUUGGUAUCAUGCACCUAAGUACUUAAUAUAAUAUUAUUUAAUAGUAAUAACAAUAAAAGAUUUGUUUAUAUAAUUAUGAACAAGGUACUUCAGAAAAUUUAUAAGAAUAGAAAGCUACAAGUUGUACAGUCAGGGAAUUUGAAAAGGUCUAUCAUGUUGCAUUCGGAUAAGAUAAGGGACAAUGUAUUAUUUAUAGAAUAGAAUAAACUUAAUCACAUCAAACAUAAUGA